UAAAUGUUGACAAGUAGAGUGGGUCUGUCUGUGUUGGUUGAUAUCUGUGAUUUCUGUAUUUUUUUAUCAGGAUAAAGGUGUGGUUGAAUCGUUUUUAAAGUUAUCGUGUAUUGUUAGUUUCUCUAAUUAUGAGUGAAAAACACAGUUUUUUCUUGAAUCCAAUUACUUGUCAUGCUUGGAAUAAAGAUAGAUCACAAAUUGCUCUUUCACCAAACAAUCAUGAAGUACACAUCUAUCAACGUAAUGGCAAUGACUGGAUACUGCUUGAUGUCCUCAACCAACAUGAUCUGCGAGUCACGGACAUCGACUGGGCACCCAACUCCAACCGAAUCGUCACAUGUUCUGCGGACCGUAAUGCAUAUGUGUGGACUCUGAGUGAAGAUGGGAAGUGGAAGCCGACUCUUGUUCUAUUGAGAAUUAUCAGAGCUGCUACAUGUGUCAAGUGGUCUCCUAAAGAGAAUAAGUUCGCUGUGGGCUCUGGUGCCAAACUGAUCUCUGUAUGCUACUUUGAGCGAGAGAAUGACUGGUGGGUGUCGAAGCACAUCAAGAAGCCCAUCAAGUCAACAGUGACUGCCCUCGACUGGCAUCCAAACAAUUAUUUGCUGGUUGUUGGCUCAACGGACUUCAAGGUGCGGGUGUACUCCGCUUACGUGAAGGACAUAGAUGAGCCUCCCCCACCCACACCGUGGGGAAGCAAGGCAGCCAUUGGUCAGCUGCUGGCCGAGUUCCAGAACUCCAACUAUGGAGGUGGAUGGAUCCACAGUGUCAGUUUCUCUGGGGACGGAACACGAGUGUGUUGGGUGAGUCAUGACGCCUCGGUCUGUGUGGCUGAUGCCUCACGCAAUAACGCUGUCUCCAAGCUGCGCACAGAGUGUUUGCCAUUCCUCUCCUGUGUGUGGGUCGGCAGUAAUUCUAUUGUAGCCGCGGGUCAUGGGUGCUGUCCAAUGUUGUACGUGGUUGAUGACUCGGGGCAAGUUCAGUUUGGGGGAAAACUGGACACCUCGACAAAGAAGGAGGCUGCAGGUUUAAGUGCAAUGAAGAAAUUCCAGAGUUUCGACAGAAAUGCUCGGCUAGAAAAUGACACAGUUUUGGAUACAAUCCACCAGAACGCCAUCACAUGUGUAUGCGUUUACCAAGGGACGAAAGGGAACGCCACCAGAGUAUCGACCAGUGGAAACGAUGGACAACUAGUUAUAUGGGAUCUUCAGUCUGUGGAAGGUGGCAUGCAAGGAUUGAAGAUCAACUAGAUAUCUUAUAAAACAAUUUGCGAAAUAUACAAAUAAAUAAGUAUUUGAUACCUUUUACCAGUU